AACACCCGCUCAGGAUUAAGGUUAUCUAAAGCCAAAGAGAUUAUGUCCGAUUCAGAUAGCAAACUCAUCCAUGUGGAGAGCGGACCGCCGCCGGAGGAGCACGAGCUGCAGCUCGUGGUGCCAGUGGCCACAAGCAACAGUGAGAUCCCCAGCCUGGACAGCACCCCAAAGCUCUCGAAGCGCAACAGCUCGGAGCGGAGUCUGCCCCUCAGAAGCUACAGCAAGUGGUCCCCCACCGAGCAAGGCGCCACCCUAGUAUGGCGGGAUCUGUGUGUCUACACCAACGUGGGUGGAUCUGGACGUGGCAUGAAACGGAUCAUCAAUAACUCUACGGGGGCCAUUCAACCAGGCACCCUCAUGGCCCUCAUGGGCUCAAGCGGUUCUGGGAAGACAACCCUUAUGUCAACACUUGCCUUUCGACAGCCCGCCGGUACUGUGGUUCAAGGCGACAUACUGAUAAACGGCCGGCGCAUAGGGCCAUUCAUGCACCGCAUCAGUGGCUAUGUCUACCAGGAUGAUCUCUUCAUCGGUUCGCUCACGGUACUUGAGCAUCUCAACUUUAUGGCCCAUCUUCGCCUGGAUCGGCGUGUGUCCAGGGAGGAACGUCGCCUCAUCAUCAAUGAGCUGCUGGAACGCACUGGACUCCUAUCGGCUGCACAGACCCGCAUAGGCAGCGGCGAUGACAAGAAGGUACUCUCCGGAGGGGAACGCAAACGUCUGGCGUUUGCCGUGGAGCUACUCAACAAUCCGGUGAUUCUGUUCUGCGAUGAGCCCACCACCGGCCUGGACUCCUUCAGUGCCCAGCAGCUGGUGGCGACGCUGUACGAGCUGGCCCAGAAGGGCACCACGAUCCUGUGCACCAUCCACCAGCCGAGCUCCCAGCUUUUCGACAACUUCAAUAACGUGAUGCUCCUGGCCGACGGCCGUGUGGCCUUCACGGGCUCGCCCCAGCACGCCCUCAGCUUCUUUGCCAAUCACGGCUACUACUGCCCCGAGGCCUACAAUCCAGCCGACUUCCUCAUAGGCGUCCUGGCCACGGAUCCCGGCUACGAGCAAGCCUCCCAGCGAUCGGCGCAGCAUCUGUGCGAUCAGUUUGCCGUCAGCUCGGCGGCCAAGCAGCGCGACAUGCUCGUCAAUCUGGAGAUCCACAUGGCGCAGACGGGCAAUUUUCCGUACGAUACGGAGGUGGAAUCCUUCCGGGGCGUGCCCUGGUACAAGCGCUUUCAUGUGGUCUGGCUAAGGGCCACGCUGACGCUCUUCCGGGAUCCGACCAUCCAGUGGAUGCGCUUCGUCCAGAAGAUUGCCAUGGCCUUUAUCAUUGGCGCUUGCUUUGCUGGCACUACGGUGCCGAAUCAGCUGGGCGUGCAGGCUGUCCAAGGCGCAGUGUUCAUCAUGAUAUCCGAGAACACCUACCAUCCAAUGUACUCCGUGCUGAAUCUCUUCCCCCAGGGAUUUCCCCUAUUUAUGAGGGAAACCCGCUCGGGUUUGUACUCCACGGCUCAAUAUUAUAUAGCCAAUAUUCUGGCAUUGCUUCCUGGUAUGAUAAUCGAACCGUUUCUCUUUGUCACCAUUUGCUACUGGCUGACGGGUCUGAGGUCGACCUUCUAUGCCUUCGGGAUCACCGCCAUUUGUGUGGUUCUCGUGAUGAAUGUGGCCACCGCCUGCGGUUGCUUCUUCUCCACCGCCUUCAACUCGGUCCCGCUGGCAAUGGCCUAUCUGGUGCCACUCGAUUACAUAUUCAUGAUUACAUCAGGCAUCUUUAUACAAAUUAGCUCACUACCUGUGGCAUUUUGGUGGACGCAGUUUCUCUCCUGGAUGCUGUACGCCAACGAGACCAUGACUAUUGCCCAGUGGUCAGGAGUGCAGAACAUCACCUGCUUUGAGGAGAGUGCCGAUCUGCCCUGUUUCCACACCGGCCAGGAUGUCCUCGACAAGUACAGCUUCAAUGAGGAUAAUGUCGCCCGCAAUCUGCUGGCGCUGGUGGGUCUCUUCUUUGGCUUCCACCUCUUGGGCUACUACUGCUUGUGGCGGCGCGCAAGGAAGGUGUGAAUCGUUUGCUGUAAAUAGAAUGAAUGAUCCAAUAAACAGUUUCCAUGUA